CGUAAAGUUCAACCUGGGACCCAGAGCAGCUCAGAGGGAGGAGCCAGACCAACAGUUCCUCAUACCCUGUCCUCUUUAACCCUGAACAUAUGUCUCCAUAACAUCUGCUCCAUAAUGGCAGUGGGUGGGGCCCUGAUGCACACCAGGAUCACUCUUCUGCUGCUCUGCCUUGGGGUAUCUCUGUCCAUUCCCGACCUCUCCCAGGCCAGGCCCUCCCAGCAUUUCAGCUCCCCAGAAGUGGUGAUCCCCUUGAAGGUGACCAGCAGGGAUAGAGGUGCAAAGGCUCCAGGAUGGCUCUCCUACCGCCUGCGGAUUGGGGGCCAGAGGCACACUGUCCACCUGAGGGUCAAGAGGCUGUUGGUUUCCACACACCUCCCUGUGUUCACCUACACAGAGCAGCAUGGCCUCCAGGAGGAUCACCCCUUUGUCCCUGAUGAUUGUUACUAUCAUGGUUACGUGGAGGGGGCCCCCGAGUCUCUGGUUGCCCUCAGCACCUGUUCUGGAGGUUUUCGAGGAAUGCUACAGAUAAAUGACCUCAUGUAUGAAAUUGAACCCAUCAGGCACUCUAAAGCAUUUGAACACCUGAUACAUCAUAUAGGCAGCGAUGAGACAGAGUCUCCACACAUGAGAUGUGGUUUAACAGAAGAGGCUAUAGCUCGCCAAUUGGAGUUACAGUCAUCUUAUAUUUCCACUCUGAAACAACGUUCUUAUGUACCUUGGUGGACCCACCAUCGGAUUGUUGAGCUGGGAGUGCUUGUGGACAAUGAUAGAUUUGUUUACUCUAACAGAAAUGUGACACUAGUGCAGACUGAAGUAUUUCAUGUUGUCAACAUAGUGGAUACCUUAUAUCACCCAAUCAGUGUUGAUGUAAUUUUGACUGGGGUUGAAAUCUGGAAUGUAAUGAACCAAAUAGACACGAAAGACGACUUAGAUAACGUUUUGCAGAGAUUUGCUGUUUGGAAACAUAUGAGUUUUGAUCCUCGUCUUUGGCGUGAUACUGUACAUCUUUUCAUAAAACAACUACAUGGUGAAAAAGUUGGUGCUGCCUAUAUUAAAGGAAUAUGCCGGAGUCCUUUUAACUCUGGAGUCGAUGUCUUUGAAGAUAGAAACUUUACCCUUUUCGCGCUUACUUUGACCCAUGAGCUUGGUCAUAAUUUGGGUAUGCAGCAUGAUGAGAAAUGGUGUGUGUGUGAACAACAGUUUUGCAUAAUGAAUACUGAGAGAAAGAACUCAACCCAAUUCAGCAACUGCAGUUAUGGUCAAUUUUUUGACAAUACUUUGGAUACUGGAGGAUGUAUUUUCACUCCUGCAAAUCCACGGAGAAUCAUAAGGUUGAGGUUCUGUGGUAACCGAGUGGUUGACAAUGAGGAGGAGUGUGACUGUGGUUCUAUACAGGAAUGUACACAAGAUCCCUGCUGUUUGUUGAACUGUACACGGAAGCCUGGGGCUGCUUGUGUUUCUGGAAGUUGUUGCGAAGACUGCAAAUUCAUGCCAUCAGGGACUUUAUGUAGACAGCAGGUCAAUCAAUGUGACCUUCCAGAGUGGUGCAAUGGGACAUCGCAUGAGUGUCCAGAUGAUGUAUUUGUGAAGGAUGGCAUCUCCUGUAGUGACAAUUCCUACUGCUUUGAUAAGAUGUGUAACAACCAUGAUACUCAAUGUAAGGAGAUUUUUGGCCAAGAGGCCAGGGGUGCAUCUGACAGUUGCUACCAAGAACUGAACAGCCAAGGAACCCGUUUUGGUCAUUGUCAUAUUGAUGAAGCAACAUAUAUAAAAUGUUCGCCCCGUAAUGUCAGGUGUGGGAGAAUUCAGUGUGAAAAUGUCCACCAAAUUCCGGAACUGAAAGAACAUAUCACAGUGCAUCAGUUUCAUUUCAAUAAUACUACUUGCUGGGGCACUGAUUAUCAUUUAGGGAUGUCCAUUCCUGAUAUUGGUAGAGUGAAAGAUGGCACGGUGUGUGGUCCAGAGAAGAUAUGCAUUGGCAAGGUAUGCAUAGGUACGGGUAUCCUGAGAGGUUAUUGUGAGCCUCAGGAUUGCAACAUGCAUGGGAUCUGCAACAAUAGACAGCACUGUCACUGUCACUUUGGAUGGGCACCUCCCAACUGUACUUUGCAAGGCAAUGGAGGUAGUGUGGACAGCGGUCCAGCUCCUGAAAAAGCUGUGGAAGAGCUGCCAGUGCCAAUUAAGAGAAAAUUGAUUGGAGGUGACUGCUCUGGGGGAAGAUGUGAAAGUGGUGAUGAAUUGAGAAUUCACAUCUGGAGGCCCUCUGCUGAUGAUGAGACCGUCUUCGGAGGUAGAUCUGGGUGCAUGCUUGGAUAUUCUGCAAUGAUGGCUUUGGAUGGUUACUAUGUGUCACCGUGUGUCACAGUGCAGGUGCUUAUCACCAACCUGAACACCUCAUCAACACAGCCUGCUCACACUGGGUUUCUGACUCCAUCCAUUUAUAGUUACCACUGGGUCAAGGACUACCAAGAGGUUCCUGAGAAGAAUGCCCAGGGUUUACUCAUAUGUGCUGGUAUCCCCAUCUUAUAA